UCUCUCAUCAAUUCAACAAUUUCCGAUCACCCCAAAACGAUGCCGUACUACUCGCACAAUCGCGAAGACGAAGUCCACGACUUCGACGAGUACGAUCCGACCCCCUACGGCGGCGGAUACGACCAAGCCCUCACCUACGGCCGCCCCCUCGCGCCUUCCGAGGAGACUUGCUACCCCAGCUCCUCCGCCCCCGACGACCAGGACGACUACGAACGCCCCGAUCUCUCCUCCUACAGAGAGCCCUCCGCCUACGCCGACGAGGCUCUCAACAACGAGUACAGCAGCUACGAGCGUCGCAAGCCGCGACCCGGAUUCGGUGGAGGUGGAAGACCCGAUCAUGACGGCGGUGAAGGUGGAGGAGAGUAUGGAUCUAGGCCUGGUAGGCCGCAGUAUGGAUCCGCGGAGCCUCAAUCGGAGUAUGGAUCCAGGCCCGGUCGGCCUCAGUAUGGAUCCGAGGAGCCUCAAUCGGAGUUUGGAUCCGGUUACGGGCGAAAGCCGGAGUAUCAGGCGCCUGAAUCGGACUUUGGAUCGGGUUUCGGGCGAAAACCGGAAUAUCAGGCGCCCGAAUCGGAGUUUGGAUCGGGUUAUGGGAGGAAACCGGAGUACGAAGCGCCGGAACCGGAGUUUGGAUCCGGAUAUGGAAGGAAACCCGAGUUUGAAGGCGGGCCAGGUUAUGGCCGGAAGCCGAGUUAUGGAGAGGAGGAGAGCGGUGGUUCAUCACCGCCGAGGAGGCCUGGGUUUGGAAGGCCUGGUGGUUAUGGAGAGGAGGAGACUGAGGAGAAGCCUAGUUAUGGGAGGAGUGAGUAUCAGGAGCCGCCGAGGAGGCCGAGUAGCUAUGAGACGCCAGAGACUGAGGAGUAUGGGAGGCCUAAAUAUGGCAGGCCUGGCUAUGAGACACCUGAGACUGAGGAGUUCGGGAGGCCGAGUUAUGGAAGAGGUGAGGAGCAGGAGUACCGCAAGCCUAAGCCUAGCUAUGGGCGUGGCAGUGAUGAUGAGGAUUCUGAGCGCCGUCAUCAGAGGCGUGGCAGUGAUGAUGAGGAUUCUGAGCGUCGUCAUCAGAGGCGUGGUAGUGAUGAUGAGGACUCUGAGCAUCGUCGGGGACAUGGUGGAGAGGGCUAUGGCCGCAAGAAAUAUGUGAGAAUCUCAGACUUUAAAUGUCCUUUACAGUUUUUGCGCCUUCAUAAUGUUUGUGUUGUUAGUGUUUUGCUUUGCACAUUAGUGUCUGCAUUUCCUGUUCUUGAUGAGUUUCCUUAGAUAACUUCUGGAGUAUUGGGGUGUUGAGGCGUAGAGUUAGCUCAUCAGGAAAUAGCUUGUUAACAGUGAAUUAUGUACUUAGUAGUAUAGUACAUUUGCAACGUCUUAUAUAUAGACUAAUGUAGCAGUUUACAUCAGCGACAUGUUGCCUUAUAUGAUUCAGUUGAAGAUUGUAUAUGACUUUAUGAAGGAAUUAGACCUUAGAGUUUGGUCAAUGCACGUGAGUUGAAUUAUGAUGGUUUGAUCAUCAAUUGAUGCGAUUUUCUGUCAGACACAUUUUCCUUUCCCUUGAGGUUUCUUGUUCCUCUGUUCUUUUUACUAGUUGAACUUGAUAAUAGCUGUAGGCAGUUCCAAGGAACAUUUUGUUCUCAAUCGUGUCUCAACAAGCUUUAAAAUGACUAUUGGUCUGUUAUGUUUCUAUGUCCUGAACAACUUUAUUGUCUGGAUUCUUUGGAUAAAUUAUUCUUGAAAACCAUCGAGUCUGUUGCAAAUCCUCUUGGCUGCAGAAUCUAAUAGAUGUAUACAGAUAAACGCAGAAUGUUAGUUGGGUUUCUGGUAGAACAAAUGGAAAUGUCCGCUCUUUCCUUUUCCUUCAUUGUAGUUCUUUUCUCUUAUUUUGAUCUCAUUUUUUGUUUAUGGCAGGG